AUGGAGCUCCAGCUAACACGAUGUGCCCUCUGCCUGCAAUGCGGAUGGCAAUGGAAUGGAUCGCAGAGAAGGGUUUACCUGUCAUUUGGGGAACCCACCAGCUUUACCCAAGGAGAUCUGCCUUACAAGUGGGUGCCUAUGCAACUAGGACCAAAUGUUUCCCUCCGUUCCAUAUCGCUACCUUCUGGAGUCGUCGAAUGUGGCACAGACUGCGAGGGUCACGAGGCAUACGUGGCACGGGUCAUUAAAUGCCGGGAACUACUUCCGGCAAGCUACGUUCCUUUUAAGAAAGCUGCUCUGGCAUCGACUGGCGGCAUAGCUUAUUGGGUUACGGAGGACGUCGAAGUUCUCGUACUGGACGACUGUGAUAUUGAAUGGGUUGCUGCUGACCAUGGUAGAUAUCCACCGCAUGCCAUCCCAACCGGAUUAUCUGACACCGGCGAAGUAACCUACACGGGACGUGCCACUUUCCGCAACAGGCUGAGAAUUGGAAAAGUGCAUCCCUCAUAUAAGACGAUGUUCAUUGCCCACAACCACAGGGAACCAAGCAUCUCUAAGUAUGAGGUUCUGGCAAUUACUCCCAGCGAACCCGUGGAUCGUUAA